AGUAAGUAGUAACCCUCAUAGAUUGUUUAUUAUGGCUCAGAAUUUCUGUAUACUUCUCUGCAUCUUCAUUAUUCUUGUUUCAGGUGCCAAACUGUAUGUAAAUGCUGCAAAUUUUACCUUGGUGAAUCAGUGCAAAGAGAUAAUCUGGCCUGGAAUCACAGCUCACAACAACUACUCUGCCCAAGGUUUCACGUUGCAACCCGGCCAGACAACCUCCUAUAAUGCCCCGGAUGGCUGGAGUGGCCGCCUAUGGGCACGGACAGGUUGCAGUUUUGGCAAAAAUGGUGGUAGUGACAACUCUACAUGCCAAACUGGUGACUGUGGCCCUUCUCUGAACUGUACUAGACUCAGUAGCCUGCCAAUCACCCUUGUUGAAUUCUCUGUUGGAAAUAAUGGAUCGGUUGAUUUUUAUGAUGUCAGCCUUGUGGAUGGAUUCAAUGUUCCUGUUGCAGUGCAGCCUGUAGAUGGUAAAGGAAAUUGCAGUACUGUUGGCUGUGAUGGAGACUUGAGGGAUAGUUGCCCAUCAGAGCUUGCUGUGAAGUCCAACGGGAAGGUCACUGCUUGCAGGAGCGCCUGUGAUGUGUUCAACACUGAUGAAUAUUGCUGUCGUGGGGCAUUUUCAGACCCUGCGGCAUGUCUGGCAACAAAUUAUUCCAGGAGUUUUAAACAAGCAUGUCCUGCAGCCUCUAGCUAUGGUGGUGAUACCCUUACGGUAACAUGCUCUGCAUCAGAAUACAUUGUUGCCUUCUGUGCAUUAAGGAACAAGAUAACUUGCACCUAUCAUGAUCAUAAAGUUGUCUGUACCAAUACUAGUGCAUCCAAGGGCUUCAAAGCAAUCCCAGGAAGCUGGUGGAGUCUAAUGCUGGCAUUACCUUUCACUUCUCUUCUGCACACUUUCCUUUUGUAAGAUCUGUACUGCAAAAAUUGGAGGCGUUCUUGUUUUGUUUCUCAUAUUUCUUCCUUUUCUGAAGCCAACGGCACAAUGUGUAGUAGAAGGAAACAAAUAUCUACACCUGCUUUUAUUUAUUUAUUUUUUGGUAGAAUCUCUAGCUGCUUUUUGUACAUCAAAUUAUACAGUUAUUCCUUAAGACCCUUCAGAGUUAGCAUUGCAAUUGAUAAAACCAUCAAUCCCAC